UGGGGGUGCCCUAGAAGAUGUGUGCCUAGGAUGCCCAGAAGAGGGACCCCGUGGACCCUGCCCUGCCAGCCACUCCCUUCUCCUCAGGUAUAAGAGCCACCCACCAGCUGCUAUCUGCCGCCAUUCCCUACUCCUGCAGCUCUUCUCACCGUAGAAGCCACCAGCCCAGCCUCUCAAGAUGGCCUUUGUUCCUGCACCAGGCUACCAGCCCACCUACAACCCGACGCUGCCCUACCACAGGCCCAUCCCAGGCAAUCUCAGAGUUGGAAUGUCCAUUUACAUCCAAGGAGUGGCCAGCGAGCAUAUGAAGAGGUUCUUCGUGAACUUCGAGGUGGGGCAGGGCCCAGAGGCAGACGUCGCCUUCCACUUCAAUCCCCGCUUUGACGGCUGGGAUAAGGUGGUCUUAAACACGAGGCAGAACCGCAACUGGGGCAAGGAGGAGAAGAAAAGGAGCAUGCCCUUCAGCAAGGGCGCCGCCUUCGAGCUGGUGUUCAUGGUCUUGGCCGAGCACUACAAGGUGGUGGUAAAUGGGAAUCCCUUCUAUGAGUUUGGGCACCGGAUCCCACUACAGAUGGUCACCCACCUGCACGUGGAUGGCGACCUGCAGCUUCAAUCGAUCAACUUCAUCGGAGGCCAGCCCGCCCCAAGCCAGAUACCCAUGCCUAAUCCGGCAUACCCAGGUCCCGGGCAGUACCACCAAGAGCCAAGUAACCUCCCUACCAUGGAGGGACCCCCAACCUUCAACCCGCCUGUGCCAUUUAAUGGGAGACUGCAAGGGGGGCUUACAGCCCGAAGAACCAUUAUUGUCAAGGGCUACGUACCCCCCACAGCCAAGAGCUUUGUCAUCAACUUCAAGGUGGGAUCCUCAGGGGACCUGGCUCUGCACAUUAACCCCCGGCUGAAUGAGGGCACCGUGGUUCGGAACAGCUUUCUGAAUGGCUUGUGGGGAGCCGAGGAAAGGAAGGUCUCCUACAACCCGUUUGGUCCUGGACAGUUCUUUGAUCUGUCCAUUCGCUGUGGCAUGGAUCGCUUCAAGGUGUAUGCCAACGGCCAGCACCUCUUCGACUUCUCCCAUCGCCUUUCGGCCUUCCAGAGGGUAGACGUGGUGGAGAUCCAGGGUGAUGUCACCUUGUCCUAUGUCCAGAUCUGAUCUAUUCCUGGGGCCAUAACCCUUGGGAACACAGAGGAAGAUCCUGUAGGACUCCUUUUUAAGCCCCUAAUAAAAUGUCUGAGGGUGUCUUGUGAGUGUACACGACCCCAUUCGCCUCCCUCACUGUUCGUUCCUUCUUGGUUCAAUCAUGCACUGUCCAUUCAGCCAUCCAAUCAUCUGUCCAUCCAUCCUCUCAUCAUAAUAAAUCUAGGGCUUUAUGUGUAUGAACCCAUUCACUCCUCACAAUGUCAGGAGGUAGGAACUAUUAUUAUUUUCCAUCUGUAAAUGAUGAGGAGACAGGCAAAGAAAAAUAAAGCUGUUGCCCAAGGUCACAGAGUCCAUAAAUGGCAGAACCAGGAUACAAAUUGAGGUGGUUGGGCUCCCAAGGCUACGUGCUCAACCACUGUACAGCCUGUUGUCCCAUCCACCCUGCAUCCAUCCAACCAAAAGUCCACAUACCCAUUCAACAUCCAACCAUUGAGCCACUCACCAAUCCAUCUAUCCGUCUGUUUGUCCAGCCAUCUUUUCAUCCAUCCUUUCAUCCAUCCACCCAUCCCUUCAUCCCUCCAUCCAUCUAUCUCAUCAUCCAUCAAUCUUUCCAAACAUUCAUCCGAGCAUACGUUCAUCCAUCCAUCUAAACAUUCAACAAUCCAUCCACUCUACCUCUCCAUUUUAGCUGUUCAUCCAUUCAUCAUCCAGCCGUUCACCCAUCCAUCUGACCAUCCAUCCAUUCAAACAUCUAACUACUUAUUUAUUAGUCCAUAUGUCUAUUCACUCAGCCAUCCUUACAUCCAAAUUUCAUUCAUCCUUUCAUCUCUUCACUCCCUCCUUCAUUUGUCUAUGCAGUUCUCUGCCUUCCAGCACAUCCAUCCAUCCAUCCAUUUGUCCAUUUUUUAUCUAUCCAGUCAUCCAUUCUUCUCUUCAUGAUCUAUUCCUCCAUCCAUUUCCAAUUAUUUAUCCAUCCAUUUAUCUCUUCAUCUGUCCACUAACCAUGUGUCAUUCAUUCAAACAUCCUUUUAUCAUCAUCUUUGUGUUGAUUUAAUAAUUUGUUCAUUUAUUUACACUUUCAUGCAUCCAUUUAUUCACUCUUAUUUAUUCACUCACUCGCUUGUUCACAUAUCCAGUCAUUUGUCACUGUCUAUUCAAUUACUCACUCAGUUUAUUGUCUCAUUCAUUCACCUAGUCUAGUUCUUUUUUUUUUUUUUUUUUUCGGUACGUGGGCCUCUCACUGCUGUGGCCUCUCCCAUUGCGGAGCACAGGCUCUGGACGCACAGGCUCAGUGGCCAUGGCUCACAGGCCCAGCCGCUCUAUGGCAUGUGGGAUCUUCCCGGACCGGGGCACGAACCUGCGUCCCCUGCAUCGGCAGGCGGACUCUCAACCACUGCGCCACCAGGGAAGCCCUAGUCUAGUUCUUAAACAGCCCUACGUUGCAGUCCCCUGGGGAGCUUUUAAAAAAUAUUGAUACCUGACCCCAACCCAGACCAUGAUUAGGUUAAACCACAAAAAUGCCAUUUUUGUAGGUUAAAAGUGGUUAAAUAUCAAUAAUUUCAUAUGUUCUAGCCUAGUAAAUCUGUUGUGGGUCCUGGGCAUCAAUAUUUUCAUUGAGUUCUCCAAAUGAUUCUUUGGAUUUGUCAAACAUUGAUCAAAGAUGUUCUGGGGGCCCUCAGACCCUGGAUGGAUGCUGAGGAGGUCAGGAAGGGAGGAGGGCUGACCUGGGCAGCCUCCAGUCUGAGGCAGUCUUCUCCUUCUUCUGGGCUCCCUCCUCCCUUACCGAACAGUCACUGCCCAGGGAUGGCUGUCAGAAGAUACAUCAGUCACGAGCCUAGAGGGGCACAGGGAGAGGGUCCCCUAAAGAGCUGGAGAGGUCAUGGUUUAGUUUUCUAUCACUGUUGCAGUAUGUUUGAAGAAAUAAUGGCUGAAA